UGCUGCCUUUAGUAGGACUUCGGAAUUAGGAUACUAAUUUCGUCGUGCUCUUCAUAAUUUCUCGCUACGAAUUAAUCAUUAAUUAUUUUGUUACAAGUGCCUAAUUGGACGAUUUUUAUCUUUUUAAUCAAUUUUAUUCGAGUAAUCGUUUUCAAACCUGCGCUUUGCGGAAUGAAGUAUACGAUAGCGCGAUCGAUCGCGAUGCUUUUCCUCGUGUUGGACACCAAGCCGCUGUCGGAGGGAAUAGGCAUCAACAAUUACUCCCGACUGAUUAACGACAUUCACAGAUAUUAUCGUACGUCGUGUAUUAUUUUUGUGCGGUCUGGCAAUUGCGAUUUGCAUACGACGACGUUGGUGCACAUGUGGUCCCGCGAAUUUUCACGACAGCAAGUCAUGACCAUGACGACAACUUUCUCGGAUCUGACGAGCAACUACAAUGAGUACCAGGAAAAUGUCACACGACCCUUGUUCGUCGUUCUCUUUGACACCAGGGAGACUAUGGACGAGUUCGCCAAAACCACGAGGGCCAUAAAGCCCAUUUCCUUCCCUAUCUGGUUCGUCGUGUUCCUUCAACGUCCUGGGAAUUCUCUUGAGGAGCACUGUUGGUAUCCUACCGAUAACAUAUUUAAUGUGGACGUCCGCACCGAGAUGCUGGUCCUGUGCUAUGAUCGUCCGACCCUGGUCGAGUGGUACGCCAUACGCGAUAAUCGCACCAGAACGUUCGAUCUGGCCACGUGGUCACCCGAUAAUGGUCUGAUCUUGAAGACACAAAAGAACCUCUACGCCAGGAGGAGCGACAUGUUUGGCGAAGUUGUACGUGUGGUGUUAGUGGAAAACUCGCCUCUAGUGUCGCUGGAGAACGGUACGCUCGGCGGGUUUUUGGGUCUGGUGCUGACAGAGCUCACUAAAGCUAUGAACUUCUCGGUGGAGAUUCUGGAUCCAGUGGAGGGAUUCGGUGGCUGGAGCCAUCAGCAGAAGAUAUGGACAGGUGCGAUCGGCCAGUUGGUGAUCAAUAAAGCCGACAUCGGCGUUUCCGCAUUCACGAUGACGACUCGCAGACGGAACGUCAUCGACUUUACAAUGCCACUGGUACGCUCACGAUACCGCCUCUAUUUUAAAGAACCUGAACAGGCCACUGUGCAAUGGAACUUAUAUUUACAGACUUUGGACUCAUUUUGUCAGAUGCUCAUUUUUACAAAAAAAAUGACAUUCCAUUCUCAUAGUCUUGUACAUCUUAAAAAUAAUAUUAAAUAUUUAUAUGUAAACAGAGUAUCCGUAAAAGAAACAGAUCAUGUUGACUUUAUUUAUCAAGUUGCAAAGCCUAAUUGUUGUACUCAAAAUAACAGUAAUUUUAGCACAUUUGAUAACUCUAAGAUAAUUGAACCACAUACCAAAUUUACAAAUUAUGAAGAUUUUAAAGAGAGAACUUACAAACUAUUGCACACACCACCUACGAGGUCAAGUGAUCUUAUAACAAAGUAUAUGAACCACCUUCUGUUGAACUAUAUUAAUAUCGAAUUUUAUAAAGCCUGUUAUCCUAUCAGAGUGACUAUACCGAAAAAGUGUGGAUACUACAAUGUUGAACGAAUUUGGGCACAAAAAUCUGAUGAUCAAUGGUUUAUAUUAUGGGAUAAAAAAAAUCUGAACUCUGAUGCUGUGUGCUUUGAAGAAAGUGUAGAAAUAGAGAUAUCGUGCAAACUAUCGAGCACCGAGAGAAUAGACAACUUAGGAUGA